AUGUGUCUCGUCAGCGUAAAAGAGGACAACGACGACUAUGCAGUCCCAGCCCGUGUAGUGCGACGAGACCGCCGUCGCUCUCCUCCUCGCACCACACGAGUCUCGCGCGCAUACUACGAGGAGCCUCCGCGCCCUCAGGAACGAACAUACAUCAUACAGCAACCUCCGCAACCUCCUCCCGUCAUAGCAUAUGCCCCGCCAUCUGAGCACCACGAUCACCACGACCACCAUAGCCAUUACGACCCACCUCCUCCACCUCCAGCACCUGCGUCAGAAAGACACUCCCACGCCGGUCCUCAAUAUGUCGAGGUGACGCCAUCCUCGCGAUCCAGCAGUAGCAGCAGCAGUAGCUCCAGCGAAGACCGACGUUCCAAAACCACAUCUCGCUCCAGAGCCACUGGCCCUCAGAGUGAAUACCACCUUCGCGAAAAGGAGUAUCUGCGAGAACGUAGGAGCCCGCAUCAGCAUGCGCCGAAAGAAGAUUACGACACAUAUCGUUAUGUACAACCUCCUCGCAGCUCGGGUCACCGCAGCAGUGGGAACCUUGGACCAAGGAACAGCCAAAUCGAAGACCCUCGUGCCAGUCGCUCGAGCUACAAUACAAGAGAAAUUGUCAUUGAGAGCGGUAGAGAGCGAGAAUAUCGUCGUUGA